CACGAAUUAUUAAAUUAUGGAAUUCUAAAAAUGUUCAAAUAUUUGUAACUAAUAUGUUAUAUUAUUGUAUGAUAUUAAAUAAUUUUACAUAGCGCAGUUAGUUACAAUUGACAUAACUAAGCCGUGAUUGCUUUUGAUUGUCUCUAAGUGAUCAUAGUUGACUACACGUGUGUGGUGUACGCAACUUCGACGAAGAGCUGUUUUGAACGUAAAGCUUUUUUACGUGUUCAGUUAAUUGAAAAUAUAUUUAAUAGUAUAUUCGAUGUAAUCCAAAAUAUACAUAAUAAAGCAGAAGAUAAAUUGAAAUUGGAAACCCGUGGAAAACUUUUCACAAUCAUGUCUCUAUUUAAAGUAUUCCAAAAAUUGAAAAGUUCCGCGCAGAAAAGACCAUUACUCUUCAAUUCAAUGAUAUACGGUUCUUUUUACACCGGUGCUGAAUUCGCACAACAAACUUAUAAUAAAAUAUUCAAGUUUUCGUUAUCACCGGUAUCAGCAAACAUUGAAGAGACGAACACAUUUGAAAUUAAGAAGCCACUAUCUCUUUGGAUAAGAAACUUUAAUCAAAAGUUGGGUUUAUUGGAUGAGAAUAACUCGGCGCAAUCGAGAAGUUACAAUUGGGCUCAACUUAAACGAUAUGCUAUUUAUGGUUGUUUCAUUGCAGGACCUAUACUACAUGGAUGGUACAAAUGGUUGGAUAUAUUUUAUAAAGGCCAAACUAUAAAAAUUGUCCUCACAAAACUUUUGGUCGAUCAAUUUAUUCUUACACCGCCAUUGAUUACGCUGUUUUUCAUCAGUAUGAGUUUGAUGGAAGGUAAAUCGAAUCCACUGGAUGAAUGUAAAACAAAAUUUUUGCAAACUUUCAAGUUGGAUUCCUUUUUUAUUUUUAGACUUCCUGCAUGUACUGGUUACCAGUUCAAUUUUUAAAUUUUCUACUAGUACCGUCAGCACUACGAGUCUCUUUCGUUAGUAUCGCGGCCUUUUGUUGGGUAAACAUACUUUGUUAUUUGAAAAGUAUACCUGUACCCGAAUGUAAUAAUAAUCAAAUAAAAUAUUGAUUUCCUGCAUUAA